AUGGAUCAGGGUCGUUUUCCAGCAGUCCAGGUGGUCAUCGGUGGGCUGGGGCAGCCUCAGAAUCACUUCCAUGAUGGUACCUCCAACGGCGUCCCUAAUGGGAUGCGCCAGCCUGUAACGCGCCCGCUACUGGUAGAUGAAGCCUUGCAAUUUUCUCCUAUGAGCACUGCGCCCGUGUUCGGUCUAGAUUCAAUAACUCGCCCCGAUGUCACCGGACAAUCUUCGACCACCCUCCCUGCAUAUUCGCGAUCGGUCGCUCGUAAAUUGAUACAGGACUUGGACACGGAAGUACAGGCAGGAACCGAAAAGUCUCCUCGAUUCACGGCAGUAUAUGGAAAGCUUCUGAAUGAACAUUUAAGCUCGGAUAGACGGUCAGAGUUCAAAUUCCGGUUUGCAUCGGGCUUGGAUCAGGUCAAGAAACAAUCUCAACGUGAUGGCCGAUCAGUACUUACUAGCGGUCUAAGCCCGUUUGCCAAAAUGGUACUGGACGGAAGCGAUAUAGCGUUUGAUUACCCGGAAACCAAGUUGCCGCCAUCAGGUUUACAAACUCCAGGAAAAAUUCUUCAACCUGCUGUUGUCAUCCCACCCUUCGGUUCUCCAGGGACCUCCCGUUCAGUGGUCGACCAAGGUGCUGCUAAAAAGCGAAAACUGAAUGCUGAGGUGGAGAACUAUGCUACGAGUCUGAGGCUCAAGGACCAAAAGGAAGAAGCGGAUGCCGCUCUGUUGAAGCUGCAGGAUUUCAUGCAAGAGAUAUUCGAAGCGGAAGACCAGCUCGAACCAGAUACCUCAUCCGCUGCCCUCGGCCAAAAUUCAGGUUCCAUGUUCAGGGUCGCCAAUGUCUUGGAGGUCCGCGGAACUAUCCUUGGUCCUGAGAGUCAUGGUAAACUCCAAAAGUCUUUACAGAAAGUUGCAAGCUUUGGACGAUUGCACGACAUCCCUUCUGAAUACCUUAACCGGCUCCAGAAAAUCUGCGAGAACCCCAUAGUGGCCGCGCAAGUCCUGGAUUUACGCUUAGACGACUCUUUGAACGAUGCAGACACUCAUCUUUGGAUCCAGAAAUUGGAGGACCUACACAACACACUUCUCGCCAUUGGUACACUUCUUCAAACCAUGUCUUGCCGACGCUCAGAGCGAGAUCUUUGUCCCGAGGACAUAUUGCAAGCUAUACCGAAUGUCUUGACGAUAUUGUUUGAUCAAUGUAUCAUCCCUGCAGUGGAGGUCCGCCCUGUCGAUGAAGGGAAGAGGCUUUUCGAACUUGUCUCUCGAGAGAAGAAGAUCUUCAGUGCUCUACUUCAUCAAACCAGCAAGGUGAUGAACCUCCUGGCGAACUUCCUUUCAUUAAUAGACGUUUCUGAAAGCGUCAUUACGUCCACUGAAUUCUUAGCAACUAAGCUGAUUUUCGUCGAGAAUGCGCACAAUGACAAAGACUCUGCUGUUGGAUUCCAGAAAUUUGAAUCCGUGCGCCGCGCAGCAAUGGACGUUCUCGCUAAAAUCUUUUCACGCUAUCCCGCUCAACGCCCUUUCAUCCUCGACGAGAUCUUGGUGUCAUUGGAGAAGCUGCCGUCGACUCGCCAAAACGCUCGGCAAUUCAAACUGAUAGAUGGUAAAGCCAUUCAGCUGCUAACGGCUCUUGUCAUACAGUUAGUGCAAACGACCGCUCUGGACAUCCCCAAAUCCAAAAAAUCCAGAGCUAGACGUCAUCAUCUUGCAAGUAAUGGUGCCGAUGAGGACAAAGAUGAUAUCGAUGUCAAGGAUGAAGACGAAGAAAGCGAUUCUGAAGAUGAAGAUUCUUUCAAAUUGUCCUUGGAACGGCUCACAAGCCGAGUAAACGAGCUCUACGACAAUGCGGUCCGGAGCGCUCAGUACAUCAUCAAAUUUAUCGUACAACGGGCAAUGACCUCAACAAAAAACGGCGAUCAACCUUAUCGAAAUAUACUGGAUCUUUUCACAGAGGACUUGAUCAGUAUCCUGGGUUCGACCGAUUGGCCAGCUGCCGAAUUACUGCUUCGUAUUCUCGCGUCUCAUAUGAUAAGUAUUGCUGAGCUUGACAAGAGUUCAUCGACUGCCAAAAAUAUGGCCCUUGAAUUGCUCGGUUGGAUGGGUUCCGGUAUCUCCGAUCUCACAACUGCUGCUCAACAUCUGAUUCGUUCGAUGGAAGAUGCAGACAACAAAAUAACCCAGUAUCUCCGCCAACUCUAUGAAGACCACAUAAGUCACGCUCUACAUAUUCAGGAUUUAAUUUCCGCAGAUGGUCCCUACCGCAUCACAUUGGAGUACCUUCAGGACAGAGACCUUGAUAACUGGCAACUUACCAGUGCUCGGGGGUAUUACAUAGUCCAGUGGGCUAAGACUGUCUCGUCCACAUACUACGACUCGGAAGAUAGAAGCGUGGUUGUUCAACAAGAUAGGAGUGUUGACGAGUUGCUGUCUAUUUUCCCCAAACUGUUAUCGGACCCGAAGUGGUUGGAGACAAACACCCACUAUGGCAAGAUCCCAGCAGCUCACGGAAAGUUUGCAUACAUUCUGACAGUUUUAAACAUGGGCUUUUCGAAAGCAUUCGAUACGAUCUUCAAGGUCCUGCUGAACUCGAUUACCAGUGACCAGGCCAAAGUCCGAAGCCGUAGCUUGAAGAGUGUUAUUACUAUGCUCGAAAAAGACCCAAGUCUACUAGAUCGUGACUCAUCAGUCAUGCGUGUUGUGCUUAGAUGUGCCGCUGAUGCUUCGCCCAUGGUUCGCGACUCGGCGCUCUCCCUAAUCGCAAAAUGUAUCGGACUUAAACCGGCACUCGAAGAAGAAGGCUGCCGGGCUAUUCUCGCUUGUGCUGCCGAUGCUACAGCUGGAGUGCGGAAACGUUGCAUAACGUUACUGAAAGACAUUUAUUUCAAAACCAUGCGCAAGGACCUGAAACUUGCUAUACUCGAUAGCCUACUUCAAAGGACGAGUGAUUUUGAGGAGGCUGUGGUCGUUCAGGCUCAGCAGACCAUUGAAGAGAUCUGGUUCACACCAUUUGUCACAUCGAUUGACAACCUGCAGGAUGCUCCCAAAUCCAAAGUUGCACUAGCGGAACAGACUUCUCUUAUAAUCAGCUUAGUACAACGCAGUGAGACUGCGGCAGAGGGGUUAGGCUCAUUUGUGAAAAAAGUUAUUUCUGAAAACUCCAAAGCAACUAGUCAAACUUUCAAGGUGUGCAAAGCGAUGGUGGCGAACAUGUUUGAGCGACUUAUUGACGACCCUGGUUCAUUGGAAAAGCAAGAUCAUCAAGCGCUUCUGCAGACGAUUACAGUUUUUGCAAAAUCCAGUGCUAAGCUGUUCAACCCGGAGCAGCUUCAAGCCCUCCAUCCAUAUAUCGGACACCUUAUCACAGCGGACGACCUGUUCAUUUUCCGUUCUGUGGUCGUGAUUUAUCGUUGCGUUCUUCCUUAUAUCUCCUCUGCUCAUAACACCUUUCUGAAAGAAGUGCAAAAUGAUCUGUUCAAAAGUGUGGCAAAGCUUGCCAGGUCUGAGUUGAACGAAGUUAUGGCGUGUCUCUGGACCAUUAACGGAGUUCUUCAAAAUACAGACAGACUGGUUAAGCUUACGAUCUCCGUGUUGAAGGGUAUCAGUCAAGCGAAAGGCGUUGAUCUUUCCGAUAGCAGUAAGGCCGAUUUACUGAAUCGAGCUCGGAGCUACAUACGUAUUGCCGGUUGUGUAGGACGGCAUUGUGACCUUGAAAAGUUUGAACCUCAUUUCAAGAAGGCUUUUCCUACGUGGAAGGGAGGUUCUGUCGCCGGUCUUCUUGUUGAUUUUAUCUUGCCGUUUGUGCACCAAGAUCAACCACUCGAAUUGAGAACAAUGGCACUUGAGAGCUUAGGCUCAAUUUGUCAAUCUUGGCCGGCGCAGUUUAGUAGGGAAGCGCCUAGGACGGUGAUAUCAUCUAUUUUCAAAGAGGAUAACGCUGGUCUUCAUAACAUCAUUCUUCGAGCCUUUUCCGAGUUCUUUGCAAUCCACGAAGGCAAGCAAGAAAAGCUUGUUCAACCGCAGGCCGAAAAUACCGACCCGGAGGCGACAACAAGACUGGGUGGAUCGCUGAAGGCUAGUGACAAUGAUGGCGCAGCAGCACUUAUAGCCCAGCAUUUUUUGCACGAUAUGCUUCGUAUCGCUCACUCUAGCCAGGACGCGUACGCACUGACCGCUAUUGAACUGAUAUCGAGUAUCAAUCGUCAGGGUCUUGUGCAUCCCAAGGAGUGUGCUGGCGUAUUGGUCUCGCUAGAGACAUCGACUAUUCCUGCCAUUGCGAAGAUAGCGUAUGAUACACAUAAAAUGCUGCACCAACAGUACGAAUCGAUGUUCGAGCGGGAAUAUAUGCGAGCUAUUCAAGAUGCCUUUUUCUAUCAACGGGACAUUGUUGGCGAUUCGAAUGGAGCAUUGCCUCGGCCAUACACCGCAAAACUCGCUCCUCUUUUCGACAUUAUCAAGAUUAGCAACAGCAAGUACCAGAAGAAGUUCCUUGCUAAUCUUUGCUCGAGAGUCAAAUUUGAAUUAAAGACUUUGGAUGUUACAGGCAGCCCCCCUGAGCAUCUUCUCCUGGCAAGGUUUAUCUGCCAAAAUCUUGCUUUCUUUGAUUACGCCCAGUUGGCCGAAUUGGUACCAACGAUUACUUGCAUGGAGAGAAUUGUUUCAGCCACUGGUACCAUCGUUGCACAUGCUAUCGAGACGGAAGUAUUUCCUCCUCAAUUGGACGUUCCCACUGCGCAGCCUAUGGAGCAGCCUAUAAUGCAGGGAUUGCCAGAUCAAGUUAUGACUGGCACAGUGGUACGACCUCCCCAACAUACGGUUAAACCCUAUCUCUUGCGACAACUUGCGACCGCAGCCGCCAUCUUAUGUAUACUCUGGGAAACAAGGACCCAUCUGCGCAGACAGUAUGGUAUCACGUAUGGUAUGAAACACAGUGAGAAUAAAGCCAACAUCAAAGAGCUUAACAAGGCCCCGACAAAAGUUCAUGGUAUUACAGGAGACCGCUACUGGGAAGCUAUAUCCAACACCAUGGCAUGCCUUGACAGCGAGGAGAAUAUGUUGCAGCAAUGUCGAUCCUUUGCUACUCUACUCUCCAUUGACGACGAACUAAAGGUUCCCAACGGCGAAGACGAAGACGCGGAGCUAGAUGAUCUGGAUGCACCUGCAGAUGAUGAUCCCAGAGAAGUUAAUGGCAGCAAACCGAUGAAACGAAAGAGUUCUGUCAAUGGCGGCACGCCUGCAAAACGGCCUAGAGGUCGGCCGGUUGGCAGCAAGAAACGGCAGAGUUCUGAGACGGUGGAUUCUUUUAUUUUCUGA